GCGAGGCGUGGAUUACACGGAAGGAAAGAGAGACGGCCUGGCGGGGGGCUUCGGCAUGGGUCACCCGCUCUCCACGGUACGGUUCGAUCUGGAGCCUCUGCCGGACGACCUCCUCCUCCUUAUCCUGAGUUACCUGCCUCCCCGGGAGCUGGCCGCGCCGUGCAGGGCUGUGAGCCGCCGCUGGAAGAGGCUGGUGGACUCUCCGUUCCUGUGGAGGCUGAAGUGUGAGCGUGAGUGCAGGGCGGACGUGCUGGAGGCUUCCCGCACCUGCACCUCCUUCCCCUGGCCGCGAGUUUGUCUGAAGAAGCCCUUCACACGGAACCUGCUGCGAAACCCGUUUGGUGCAGAGGGACUCCGGCACUGGGAGGUGACGCACGGAGGGGACGGCUGGACUGUUGAGGAUAAUAGAUCCCCCCUGGAUGGGGCAGAGAGCCAGAAAUGCUUCGUCACGUCUUAUUUCUGGUGUGUGAAGACGCAGCUCGUUGACCUUCUGGAAUCAGGGCUGUGGGGUCAUUACCUGGAUGUCCACCAGCCGCCUAUCUGCAUCUCCGACUGGUACGGCAGCAGGGCAGACUGCGGCUGCGUUUAUCAAAUGAAGGUUGAACUCCUCGCUGCCGACAGACAGACGGCCAUAAAAGUGUUUGAGAGCAACCCAGAGCCGAUCCCGCAGUGGAACGACCAGAGCUACGCGCAGGUUUCUUACGUUUUCCAAAACUACGGCCCCGGCGUGCGGUUCGUCCGGUUCUCGCACCGGGGGAAGGACACGCAGUUCUGGAAGGGUUGGUACGGAGCGCGAAUCACCAACUCCUCCGUCACGGUCCGGAUCGCCACCAACCUGGCCGAGAACCGCGAGUCCGGAACCGGGGAGCUUCCCAGCGGAGAACCCGCCGCAACUCGGACACGUUAACGGCGCUCGGUCCCUGCAGAAAUUGUGAACAGGGCUGAAUUUUACCCGAUCGAUGGGUUUGGAUAUUCAGCGGGAUCAGGCAGCGCUUCAAAGCCUGCGUUACAUUCAGCAGCGAAAGGUGGGACAGCAGCUUUACAGGUAGAGCCGUAAUCUCUGCCCUCCGAUAUAAAUGCGCUUUAUGAGAUAAUAUAAAUAAAGUUUUAUGUACAAAGGA